ACCUGUGAUUUUGUGACAUAAGCUUCGAUAUGUAUACGAAAACUUUCAGAGUAAGGAAUUGUGAAAAAAUUUCUGGUAAGGAUUGUAUAAAUUUUAUAAUUGGAUUCAAAUAUAUUUCAUCUGUUUUUUAAUAAAAAAGAUAGUGUUUUAUAAUCAUUGUGGUCGAAAAUAAUCGACUAUUACGAAUUAAUGUACUAUGAACCGUUUGGAUGAUCCUCCGAGUCUCAUGAAAGGCAGAAAACCAUCUUUCAUUGGAAUGAACGGGGGUCCAGAAACAGAUGAUCAACAACGUUUAAGAUUUCAAGUUGAAUUAGAAUUUGUUCAAUGUCUUGCAAAUCCAAACUAUUUAAAUUUUUUAGCACAACGUGGUUACUUUAAAGAUUCAACAUUUAUAAAUUACCUUAAAUAUUUGUUAUAUUGGAAAGAGCCAGAAUAUGCAAAAUAUUUGAAAUAUCCUAUGUGUUUAUACUUUUUAGAUUUAUUACAAUAUGAACAUUUUAGAAGAGAAGUAGUAAAUUCUCAAUGUACAAAGUUUAUAGAUGAUCAACAAAUUUUAUUAUGGCAACAUUAUACCAGACGUAGAACAAGAUUGUUACAGACUGCUGCAGAACAAACGCAACAUACAAAUCCUCAAAAUAAUGAAUCUGAUUUUGGACGAAUGAUGCUGAAACCUGAAUAGCUGUUAACGCAUAAGUGUUUGUGACUUUAUGCUUCAAGACUGUGGAAGAAAAUUGAAGACAUGGAUAAAAAUGCAAAUUUGAAUGAUCUUAGAAAUUUAUGUACCUGUACAACGUAUAACGCAACAGCCAUCGUGCCCUGAGUAUAAAGACAAAGCGCUUGAACCGGAAGUCUUCCAAUACGAUCUGCCAAAAGUCCAGCGAUCCAAGCACCCAUUAAAACCCCGAUAUAGUAA